UCGGGUGUCAACACAUCCGUGAUGUACCGGAAAUCGAUGGUGGAGACUAAUAACUGCGGAAAAGAAAAUUUUUGCAAUCUCUGCGGGCUUUUUCUCCUUUUCCUGGAUAAAAUUAUAAUAGUUCGGGGAUUAGUAACGGUGGCGCUGACUUCAGUUGUUGGAUUGUGUGUCUCUUUCGCUGGGAGAAAUAUUGUUUUCUGUGGCUUUUCUCUGAAUUUUCACCCAAAAGGUGCUCCCAUAUCGUGUUCGUGAACACCCACAGGCUUUCCGGAGGGUGUAAGAGAGUUGACCAAAUCAAAGGAAUAGAGUGAAAACAAAUGGAAGUGACCAAGUGAAGGAUGAACAAGUCGAGAACUCAACUUGAGCGCCUCAGCAAUGCAGAAGUUGGUCAGUUGCUGGUGGAGUACGGCUUUCCCAAUCAACCCGUGACGGCGACAACGCGAAAGGUGCUCUUGGCGCGCCUCCGGACACGCAUGCAGCAGGACCAGGAGAAGCUCCACCGGGACACAUCGUACGUCACACGGUACUCGAGUGGCGAGGAGUCGGACAUGGACAAUCGCCCCAAGAUGCCACCGCCAGCAGCGAGGAAGCGUCACACGGCCCUGCCCACGGUGAAGGUGCCCAUUCAGCCGCGCAAUUCGGUGUUUGUGCCGCCGCCCAUCGUGGCCCCCGACACAGACGAGGAUUCGGACAUCCACUUGCCGCCAGACUACAAGCACAAUUCAUAUGCCAGCAGCCGCUUGUCCGGUUUCAGUUUUCGGAAGCGCUACACCCCGGACAGCACUGAUGGACCGUACUUAGACGGGUCGACGCCACGCUUCGUCGGGACAAACAUCUCGUCGCCGUCGAAUGGGCACAAUUCCGCCGAGGAGUCGCCAUAUCUCAGUGAGUUCACUAAGAGACUCCUCCGGUUGCGCGGGGAGACGGUGAGCAAGGAGGCAGCUGCCACCAGACGGAGCGGCAGCAGAUUUGAGAUGAACUCCUCCAGCUCGACAAUCGACAACAUUGUCCACCACGCGCCGGAAACGCCAGCGGCGCCGCGCCAGCCACAACAGCCCCAGAGCGUACAGACUGCCGUGUCGAAUCUUGUGAGUCGCUUGGAUGAGCAGUACGGCUUCAAGCAGACUCUCGUGCCAUGCCUUCUCGUGUCUGCGUUCGUCGUCUUCAUAUUCUCCGUCAUCUUCGCCUAUCUCACCAUCAGCCCGGAUCUCGUGAACACACUGAGCGCCGAGGUGGCGUCUGUGGAGCUGUGCGAUGGCGUGAGUCUGAGAAGACCAGGCUAUUCGUGCAUUGAGCGCGGCGGAGUGGAGCCGGCACUGGAGAUGCUUAAGGCAAUCGCGCCGGAAUUGCAGCAACGCGUGGAGACGCACAAGUGCCGUGAUCCCGAGCGAUCGUUCACCAUGACGGCUUCAGAAGUUAUCCAGCUGGCGUUCAAGACGGAUCCGGGCGUGAGCCAUUCGCAGCUGCUGGAGCGAUUGCACAACAUGGAGUACCUGAUCGAGAGGAAUCCACAGUGGCGCGUGAACCACGUGAGUAGUGAUGGUGAAGCGCUGACAUUUGACGAAGUGGUGCAACUCAGAGAACAGCGGGGCAACAGCUUCGGCAUCCUCAAUCCGCGCUUGCCGCUGAGUUGUCUGUUGCGGAGCAAAAUGCAGAAGUUCUUCCUUACCGUUGGCGCGCUGGCGGUAGCUCUGCUUCUCAUGUACAGUGCGAAUCUCUUCUGGAAGUUUGUCAUCAACGUGAAGCGCAAGCGACAGGCGAAACUGGACAAGAUGAUCAAUGAAAUACUGAGCGCACUGAUGGAGCAGGCCAGCAAUGAGAAUGGCGGAUUGGUGGUAGUGAAUCAUUUGCGUGACAAAAUCAUCCCGGCGUCGCAGAGGCGAGACAUGGACACAAUGUGGAUGGAAGCGAUGGAGCAUCUGAAGAAGAAUGAGAGCAGAAUCCAGUUUGAGAUGGGCAGUCGAAAUGGGGAGGAUUGCCACAUGAUGAGGUGGAUUGACACGGUGUCGCCGUCACUGCUACACCACAGAAGCGCCCCGCCGGGCGGAAGUGCAGUGAAGAAGUGGCAGAGUCCGGCCUUCGACAAGAGCAACAAGAUCAAGGAUCCGCCGACGGCUUGCCUAAAAAUUAGGCAGAUGUUUGAGAAGUACGAGACGAACAACCCUAAUCUCAAGACCAUUAUCACGGAUGCCAUCCUGGAGAAGGUUGGUCCCAAGUGUCGUAUCUUCGAUGUACAACUGGACAAGUCGACGUGCUGUGUUUACGUGCGCUGCGCCACGCCUAAAGAUGCCGGAAUCGUGCACGAUGAGAUCAAUGGUUGGUGGUUCGACAAUCGCCUGGUGUCCAUCAAAUUCCUGAGGCUGGAGCGCUAUCUGAGCCGCUUCCCGAAAGCCAGCGCGGGUCCGGUGUCACUGCGGCCGUCCAACACGAAGAACCUCUCCAUGAGUCAGUGCUUCACGGAACCACCCGACAAUGCGCUGUUCGACGACGACGAGGAAUAGAGCGACAUCAGGGCAGAUCACAAAAACCUAGGUAUCAUUUUCUUUCAAUCCAUAUCACAACUCUUCGAUCCUCACAAAUAUGAGUGGACGUGCAUUUACGAGGACAGGCUAGGACGUUCUCUUUCCCACCCACAAAGCAGUUUUCGGGUCAUGCGGGCCAAAAUCAUCACGAGAAGGCGGAAUCAUGUGCAUAUAGCAGAGAAAGACGAGUGAUGAUCUUCCCAUUUUGCCCUUUCUUACAACUUUUUUUUGUCAAUGUCUCUUGUGUUUAGAUUUCGAUUUUUGAGAAUGAGAGCAAAAGAGAGAGAUUAAGUUUAAUUGAGGACUAUUUGAGAAUUAAUUCUUAACUCUGUUGCUGCGAGAAGUUUUGGCGGAAAUUUUUAAAUAAAUUUUUCAAUAACAUGUUUAACGGAUAAAAGCGCGCUCU